AAUUUGGAUAAGGAUUUUCUGGACACAAGACCAAUGAUAUCCGAAUUUGACUAUGACUUGUGAUUUAGUGUCGGAAUACAACCUAUUGAAAAAAUUAACAGUGGGCUAUAGGAGCGAGCACGUGUAUGACCAUGUAGCUUUACUGAAAUUACUUAUGCCAGCUCUACAGAGGGGUUACAUUCAGGAAAAGUAUGAGAUUAAAAAACACAGAGCUAUGAGUGUUAUUGAUUAUGGACAGACAGCUGAAGACCAUCAGAGUUUGUUGGUUCUGGUAAAACACACAGGACUAACGUUGUCUCAGCAAAAGUUCAGAAAAAUAUGGGAGAGGAUCCAAAAGUUAAGUACUGUGAGCAUUCCAGGACAGAAACGAAAUGCAUGGGUGCGAUACAAGCAGAACUACCCAAAAGAGAAUAAUGAAUGGGGUGACUAUCAAGCUCAUAGGAAGGCAUUAGGGCUGAUCUCCAUCGGAGAGUGUAGUACUGUAGAGGAGUUUGAAGAAUUAUUUGAGAGUUACAAAAAUGUCAAAGAAGACUAUGCGAGUACAUUGUUUAAUUCACGCCUCAUCGUAUUUGGUAUGAAUAGAAAUGGGACUCCUUUGAGUGAAGCAACAGAGGAUCAAACAAACUCAGACCGAAUAUCUCCUGGGAGAGCUGAUAGUGAGGACAGUGGUGUCACAUCAGACAUUAGUCCUUCAGAGAGUGUCACAGAGCCAUGCAAACCUACCCUCACAGAGACAAAAAGUGAUCCCUCAAGCUCAAGUACAAAAAACAGUGAAGGCAAAAUCACUUUUGUUAGUAAAAAAGUAGUGAAAAAACAAGAAAGUAGUCCACUUUUCCAAAGUUCUCCAAUUUCAACUCCCCCAGGAACUCCUGUCUUCCGUAGACCACACAGUAACAGUUUCACAAAAGAAAGUACUGGUGCAGAAGUGCUGUUCUUUCCAAGUAUUCUUGAUAGUCAGGAUUUAGAAGAAAAGUUAAAAGAAUUUAUUGUUUCAUUAUUCUUUGUGUUAGAGGGUAAACGGCUGGAUCGUUCAUUUGAACGCCAUGACAGAAUUCAGCUUUUAUGUGCACCAUUUGAAAGGAAGGACUAUAUUGGAUUAGAUACAGACACAAAGUCUUUUCGAAAGAAAUGUCAAGGAAGGCUACGGAAGCAUCUUGCUGAUUUGUGUUUACAAGCUGGGAUUCCUGGGGAAGCAAUCCUACAUUAUGAAACUGCCAUAGAUAUUUUACGUCCAGUCAAUGACACACUGUGGAUAGGAGCUUGUUACGAAGGUCUUGCAUCGGCUGCAGUAGUUAUUAACUACCCCAAAUCAGCAACACUUUCUGGGCUACGUAGAAAUUUCUAUUCACUCUCAGCAAAAAGGGGCUCUUCAUUGCUGAAUGAAGCCAAAUUGAGGACUGGUAGUUUAAACAACAAAACCAAUGGAACAGAAAGUGUGCCUGAGAAUUUGUUUAAAGUAGCACCUGACCCAACUGACAUCAUUGAAAAAUACAGGGAAGCUUUAGUCAAUUAUAGCAAAUUCAAAGGUGCAGCAGUGAUAGAAAUAGAACUCAGCCUGAAAGCUUGUAGAGUCUUGACCAUGCAAGGGAAACAUCUGCAAGCUUCCUCAUUCCUGCAGAAUGUCAUUUACAUUAACUACAAUGUCAGCGAAGAGGAUAAGAUAAUUAGGUAUUGCACUCUCUCCGAGCUGUAUUCUGAUAUUGGAUUUUAUCGAAAAGCAGCCUUUUUCAAGCGAAUAGCUGCCAUGCAAUGUGUGUCAUCUCCCCAGGCCACACAGCAGAACUGGGGGCAGUGCUAUAGCCUACUAGUGCAGGUUCUGGAGGGUUACAAUAUACAUCAUAAUCCAAAAGACAAACAUAUUGGUUCUGACACAGGAUGGCCUGUACUGCAAUCACGAGUGCUCAAUGAACUCAUUUUUUCUGCUCGUAAAAUGGGUAAAAUACCACUUGCAAUCAGACACACCACAUUUAUGAUACAGUCAUUGCAUCAGUACUUGUCACUCUCUGAGAGGAAGGACAUAUGUCGGACCUUGGAGCAGUUGACCGCUCAGUCGGACGGAAAUUGCCAGUCCCUUGCUCUUGAUAAUGGCAUGAUCCUCCCCCCUGUACCAUUUACCAGUAUACCCUUUGUAAAGUCUUUCAAACUAAUUAGAAUGCGGCCUCACCUGGAGCCAGUCAAAUUAAAGAAACUUGGAGAAUCUGCUUCAGAUACAGGGCCGUUCAUAUUUACACCUUUAAAUCUAGGGAUGCAGAGAGAUACCAAAGACGAUGGAUUGAUGGAUUUUUUUCUUGUGGCCCGUGAUUUGUGUGAAGUGCAGUUACAAGUUUACAAUCCUUUACCAGAUGAAUUGAAAGUGAAUCAGAUGGGUUUGAUGGUGGAAGGUGUGGAGAUAGAGCCCUACCCCUGUAAUCCCUCCAUCCCCGCAGAGACUGGGCCUUAUCUAGUCAAGUUAUUAUGGCGGCCCAAGACUGCAGGAGAUCUUGACAUUAUAGGUUACUUUACCAAUGUCAUGGGAGUUAAAAGUCAUUGUAAACUGAAAGACUUACAACAAAUCAAUCUGGACAAAAUCAUGGUCAAAGUUAUUCCUCAACUGCCACAAAUCCAACUGACAACAUCGCUGCCCAAAGCAGACAACUUCCUGUCUGGGAAUGACAGUGAAUAUGUUGUUACUAGUGGAACAACAACUCUUUUCGCAGGACAGAACAUGGAAUGUCUAGUCACAAUACAGAACAAUAGCUUUCAGCCAGUGGAGCAUGUUAAUGUAGAAACCAAUUGUAAAAUGGAUGAGAGGGAAUUUUUAACCCAGAUGUUUGAAUGGAGUAUGGAAAACAUCCAAUCACAGCUUCCACUACAACCCAACAGUGUCAUGUGCUUCACAUUAUGCAUUAAAGGAGUGUCAGAUUUCAUGUCUGACACUGUUAAUCACGAAACUGCUGAACCACAGUGUGUGGAGUGCUUGUUACGGAUUGAGUAUAGUGGAGGUCCAGGGCUACAGGACAGUUAUUGUCGACAGUGUGCGGUCAAUUUGUCUGUCGAUAUAUGUCCAUCUGUGAUAAUACAAGCUUGGGAUGCCAUUCCAGCUGAAAGGCCUGAUCACUGUUAUCUAGUCUUUGAUCUGCUGAAUGCAUCAGGAAGUGAUCUCUCAGUUCAACAUUCCACACAGACACCCACUCAUAUCUUGCCAGGACAUACCGAAAGAAUUGCUGUUGAAAUAGAGAGAUGUGAAUUUCCUUCAUUACCAGACAACACUCAUCUUAGGAGCCACGCCAGACAAAGCAGAUUAGCAAAUCAUUACAGUACUUAUUUAAACCAGUUUGUAGACAUCCGAUGGGAAAUGCCUUCUUUAAAGACUUGCGGAAAAGUCUCUAUAGAUCAUAUAGUAUGGUCUGAUGAGCAACUGAAUCAAAUUCAGAUUUCACCAAUUGUAUGGGAGGUAAAGCUAAAUGGUGCAUUUUUCCCCACGACGAAGUCAUUAGAUUUGUCUGUGAUGGAUUGCCUUGAUGUAGUGGCAAGAGUGACCAUUAAUGAAGAAGAGUUUUGCAACAGAAGUGCCUUACUCUAUGUAACCUGUCACCAGGGUGAAGCUGACUGUGAUAAUGUUACAGUGGUGGGAGUCAACACUGCCUUCUUUGAAACGGUGAAGGGUGGCCAAGACAUGUUGAUCAAUCCUUCUUUCCUUAUUCACUGUGAAGGAAAAUACACAGUAGACAUUAAAUGUAUGGUGAUAUCAUCUGCAGAAGAAAACACAGAACAAACAUUUCAGUAUCAUCCAGUACAACUUGAUGUGACACCCUGAAGAUUCCAAAAUAUAAUUAAUGUUUCAUUAAUGAUUUUGUUCCUAUUGUUUAUUUCUGCUCUAAAAUUUAAAUUUUCUCUCAGGAAAAUUAAAUCAAGAUGUUGUGAGAGAUCAGUAUUUUCAACAAAUGUAAAAUUAAAUUUAUUUAAUUUGUUGUUUUAGUCCUACAGGUCCAAUAUUGAAAGAGCUUAUGCAUUGGUAAAAUGUUUGGAUUUUAUUUGUUGGCCCGUCUCUCUGUAAUUAAUUUUUAUAAAUGUUACUCCUCCUACAGUCAUAGUGACUAAGUGUGAUUUCAUUAAACUUGGUAAACAAUUCAUAAAUCUUAAUAAACUUUAUUGCAAGCUUUAAUUUUGACUUAUGAAGUUGCAAUCAUGAUUAUUUAAAAUAAUUUUUAAAAUGCUUUUACCUUCUGCUGUUUGGCCUGAUGUUAAGUUCACUCUGUACACUAGAAGACUUCUUCAUGAUGUACAUAUACUUCUGUAUUUAACAUUUUAGAAUGAAGCUUGGCAAUAUUGUAGAAUUCAUUUAGCCACAAUUAUUCUUGAUAUCAAUUUCCAUUACAAUGAUCUCAUCUAUAAUUAAAAACUUCUUUUAAGAUAUUAUUGCUGCUUUUUCACCUUUUUGUCAGAAUUAAAUUGAAAUGUUUUCAGAAAAGAAAUGCACAUAUAUCACAAAUCUAUGUGCAAAUUUUCUAGUCUGUUGUUUCAAACCAGUAGAGCAACAGUUUCAUCAGAGACAUUUGGUUUAAGUAUUAUGCCAUUAAUUGACCAUAUGUAUCGACUUUGGCAAAGUUAAUUCAUUUGAGACAGUACUGGAUAUUUCAUUUUUUUUAUAAUUUGGUGCUCAAACAUUUUAAACUCAUUAUUGUAAGUUCAUGUUUCACAUUAAUUGUGGGUAUAGUCUUUUACUAUUGGCUGUGAUUCAAAAAGGCAUUUUAUCCUCAGUCAUGCAAACAUGUGUUGUUAUAUUUAGCAAUUAUUGCUUGUUAUUUAUCCAAUAAACUAAUACACUUAA